AUGCCUUCAUCUUCAUCAUCAAAACCAUUAAUAUCCUGUUCAACGAAACGUUUACCAGCAAUAUUUGCUUGGUCUCUUUUAUUAUUAACUUCAUUUACCUAUGGUAUUAUCGUGUUACCAGAAAUAACUCGUAUAUUAAAUAUGAUGAUAUUUAUACCAAUUUCACAUUGUCUAUUAUUUACAUUUUUAUGUUCAAAUUUUUUAUUGGCAACAUUUUUAGAUCCGGGUAUUUAUGAACAAUCUUUAAAAAAUGAAUAUUCAACUGUUAUACAUAGUGAUGAUAAGGAUGAUGAUCAUCCAUAUUCACCACCACCAAAAUUAGUUCAAGUUAAAGAUGGACAAGUUUAUAUGAAAUAUUGUUCAACAUGUAAAUUUUUUAGACCGCCUAGAUGUUCACACUGUUCAAUAUGUGAACGUUGUAUAGAUUCAUUCGAUCACCAUUGUCCAUGGCUAAAUAACUGCGUAGCACGACGAAAUUAUCGUUAUUUUUUUCAAUUUUUAUGUUUAUUAUGUGUUCAUAUGAUAUUAAUAUUUUCAUUUUGUUUGUACUAUAUUAUGUUUAAUCGUAAUUCAUCUUUAUUGACAACAUCACUUAGUGAUUCAUUACAAUCAAUUACAACAACCACAAUAUUAUCAUCUUCACGCUAUGUUCCAUUAACCGGUUUUAGUGUUUAUCGUUUUAUUGUUUGCAUUAUUUUACUCAUUAUUAUUGGUUUAAUGGUGAUACCCAUUGGUGGUCUAACAUCUUUUCAUAUUUAUUUAAUUUCAAAAGGUCGAACAACAAAUGAACAAGUAACAAAAAAAUAUCGUGAACAAGGUGAUCCAUUUAAUUAUGGAUGUAUUAUGAAUUUUUUUCGAAUUCUAUGUUUACCAUUAUAUCCAAAAUUGACUGAUUUAAAAGUAAAUUCGUAUAAUGUCGACGUUUAUAAUCAAAUAAUAACACAAAAAACACAACAGAUUAAAAAUAAAUCAACAAAUCGAGUUGUUUAUAAAGGAGCAAAUAAUAAAGUCGAUAAUAAUGGUGCUAUUAAUAAUACUAACAAUAAUAAAUUGAAGAAAAAAUUAAAGACAAAUAAAGAAAUCGAAAGUGAUGUUGAAUCAAACGAUAAAGAACAAGAUGAUGAUGUACAAAAAGAGGAUGAACCAAGAAGCAGAACAAAAAAACAAUCAACAUUACAACAAACAAAUGUACAUGUGAACCCACUUGAAAAUCAUGUUAAUGAAAAAACGAAAAUAGGAACUCACAAAAUUGUAACUUCAUCUAAAAGACAUUCUCAAAUAAACAAUUCUCGUCAUUCAACAUCUACCAAUAAUCAUACAGCAUCACCUUCAACGAAUAGUCUUAAACGACCAAUUAUGAUUCCACAACAACAACCACUUGUAACCACUUCGUCUUCCAGUUCUUCUUCUACUUCAUCAAUAAAUGAACGAAAACAACAACGACAAAAACUAAUAAAACAACAACAGUCAAUGGUCGAAGAUCCAAGACAAACGUUCCAUUCUUCAUUCCAUCGAAGUGUAUCGAAUAUGUCCUUAUCAUCGAAAUGUAGUUAUGAUAAUGUUGAAGAUAGUGAGACAAUUUAUAAUGAAAAUGAUGAUGAUGGCAGCGCCGAUAUUAUCAUUAGUGGAAGAAAAUAUAAUUCAAAUAAUCAUAAACUCAUUUCGUCUGUUUCAAAUAUUCAAUAUUAUAAUGAUUAUAUAUUACAUAAACCACUCAGGACUAAACCGGACGGUGAUAAUGCUUCAAAUAACACAACAAAUAGUGGUAUUACAUUGAGAAAUGAAUCUUAUCGACAAGCACAUCCUGUCAUGUCAUUUUCAUAUGAUUAUCCUUCUCAUCCUUCAUCAAUAAGACAUACUACAUUGACUAUGUCUCAAGAACAAUUACCUGUGGGAGUACGAAAAUUAGAUGGAAAACAUUAUGAAAUAUCAGUGUAA